AUGACGAGACCACAAAUGGUUCGAGCUGACACCUUGGACCUUCAGGACCAUGAUGCGCCGUCCGCAAAGGACCACUCUAAACAGCCCGAACAACCUGCUCCACUGGGGGCCGGCCGGCCUGCCCCCCACCAAGAGCUCUCUAUUCGCCAUGCCGAACAAGAUACGAAAUCUGAGAUUUCGAAUGGUCCUGAAAAUGGUCAUGGCUAUCAAGACGAUGGGAUAUACAGUGAACGCGAGACCGAAGACGAGCUGGAUCGAGAUUACGAGCACGAGGAUGGAGACUUGGCAGAUGGGGAAAGUGACGAUCUGAUGGAUGACGACCUGCUGGACAAAAUCUCCAGCUCCCCUUCAAUUGAUGAUGAGGAUAUCGAUUUUGAAUUCGUUUAUGCACUCCAUAACUUCGUUGCAACGGUCGACGGUCAAGCAAACGCCGCUAAGGGUGACACUAUGGUGCUGCUGGAUGACAGCAACAGCUACUGGUGGCUUGUGCGAGUGGUCAAGGAUGGGAGUAUCGGAUACCUGCCAGCCGAACAUAUUGAAACACCUACCGAGCGACUAGCUCGGUUGAACAAACACCGAAAUGUUGACCUCUCUGCUACAAUGCUCGGCGACAAUAACGAGAAAUCCAAGAACCCCCUCAAGAAAGCCAUGCGCCGACGGAACGCAAAGACUGUUAACUUUGCUCCACCAACAUACAUUGAGGCAUCGGAUGUCGAAUAUUCUUCAGAUGAGGACUCUGAACAUGGCGACUUCUUCAACGACGACGAAACGGAAACGGUUGAAUCAGAAGAAGGCGAUAGCCAGGACCAGAGCGAAGAUAUAACUGUGGAACCUCUACGACCAAAAGGACAAAAAGAGAAACCGACAGAGCAGGCAGAUAUCAGAGGAUCCACAGACAAGGAGAACUCUGAAAGAACGAGCUACGACCCCCGACCAUCAAGUGAGGAAUUUUUUGAUCCAGAGGAACCUACCGUCAGUCGGUCCAGAAAUGGCACUGUACGGAACACGGAUUCUUUCUUCAAGGAUGAUACUGCCGAACCAAAGAAGAUAUCCCUCACGCCAAACCUACUGCGCGAUGAAUCCAACAACAACAGCAACAAUAACGGCAAUAGCAACAGUCUGCUUCAUGAGUGGAAAGAGGGACGCGGAAGCUUCGAGACUAUCGACAAAGUAUCGAAUCCCCAGGACAAGGUCAAAGAUGAUAAGAAGCGCAAGGAAAAGAAGCCUGGAAUGCUCAGUGGACUGUUCAAGCGCAAAGACAAGAAGACAAAAUCGCAUGAAGAUGACUUUGAAGAGGCUCUCACAUCCCCAACUGAAUCCACAUUUAGCCAAUCGAAGACAUCCAUGGAGUCAUUUGACUCGAAGUCCUCCAAGUCUCCAAGACAGACUACCAACAAGUUACAGAAAUCACAGCCGACUACCAUGUCUCCAACAUCCACAGAAUCAGUCACCGACGCCAGUCAAUCAAUUCGACGGGUGGUGUCACAGGAGGCAACCAGUUUUGAAGAGACCCGAGGAGCAAUCACCUCCCCUAUCGGCCAACAAAGCCCUUCAAAGGAAAGUUUUGUCACUCCGAUGGAGUCUCAGGAUCCUUUUGCAUCUCCAGUGGAACGGCCAUCCAGCGAAGCCCAAUGGAGAAGCCCAUACGAAGCCCCCAGUCAGAAAGCAGCCUCGCAACCCUCCGUGGCGUCCCCGCCUCAACGAUUCGUGCCAACACUGGUGACCGCGCGCCCAGAACCAGAACCGGAACCAGAAUCCCCCGUCAAUGUCUCACCAAUGGAAGGACAUAUCCCAAUUUUUGCCCCGGGGCUCACCACGGAGGCUGCGCAGCGGGCGCAUUCUAUCUCACCUCUUUCCCCACCUUCUUCGCCUGAAACCGACACUCACGACCUCAAAAAUAGCGAAGCUACCCCUGGUUCACUGGACACUCUUUCAGUGGACACUCCAACCUGGAGUGAUGCCAGUCUACGAUCAUACUUGGACGAAGAAAACGACAUUCGCGACCUUUUCAUUAUCGUCCAUGACAAAACAAACAUACCCCCUGCCGGUGUUGACCACCCUGUCACUGGCCGCCUCUUCAAGGAAGAGAGUAAGAGACUGAAAGAGAUGAACAAUCAACUCGAUGAUAUGCUCGUGAAGUGGAUGGCUCAGCGCAAUCGAAAGUCUAGCUCGGUACGAAACGUGCAGAGCCCAAGUGCAUAG